CUGACCGGAAGUAGACUACUCGAAAGUCAGACACCGCUUCCGGUGUCGCCACCUUCUUUGUCUCUGGCCCAACAUUUCGACACCAAGGGUUGUCUUUUUUCCCUUUAGGUUUGAGGAUAUAUAUACACAUAUAUCCCUAGUUUUCUGAUAUUGAAUGACAGUCGACUCUGAAAUAUUUAUGCCUAAAAAUAAAGCGCCAAAAAUGGAUGAUCUGGACUACAUCCCAGUAGACCUGAGCCCAGAGGAGCGCUCUGAGCUGGAGGACAUCCGCAGGAGGAAGGGCGUGCUGCUGCAGGAGAUCCAGAGGCUCAGAGAGGAAUUAAGAGAGGCAAUUUUGGAAGUAGAGGGACUGGAGACGACCACAGAGGGCAGUAAAACUCUCCAGAAAAGUAGGCAUGUGGCAAUGGGAAGGAAGAAAUUCAACAUGGACCCCAAAAAGGGCAUUGUGUUUCUGGUGGAAAAUGAGCUGCUCAGACACACUUCAGAGGACAUUGCUCAGUUCCUCUAUAAAGGAGAGGGCCUCAACAAGACUGCUAUAGGAGAUUACCUUGGAGAAAGGGACGACUUCAACAUUAAAGUUCUUCAGGCUUUCGUUGACCUCCAUGAGUUUACUGAUCUCAACCUCGUCCAGGCCCUCCGACAAUUCCUGUGGAGUUUCCGUUUGCCUGGUGAAGCCCAGAAGAUUGACAGAAUGAUGGAGGCCUUUGCUCAGAGAUACUGCCACUGCAACCCCGGCGUCUUCCAGAGCACUGACACAUGUUACGUCCUGUCAUUUGCCAUCAUAAUGCUGAACACAAGCCUCCAUAACCCAAAUGUAAGGGACAAACCUGGUUUUGACCGUUUCAUCUCAAUGAACCGAGGCAUCAACGAGGGAGGGGAUCUGCCCGAGGACCUGCUCAGAAAUCUCUACGAUAGCAUUAAAAACGAGCCCUUCAAGAUCCCAGAGGACGAUGGUAACGACCUGACACACACCUUCUUCAACCCGGACAGAGAGGGCUGGCUUCUCAAACUUGGGGGACGAGUGAAAACCUGGAAACGGCGAUGGUUCAUUCUCACAGACAACUGCCUUUAUUACUUCGAAUACACCACAGAUAAGGAACCACGAGGUAUCAUUCCCUUAGAAAACCUUAGCAUCCGUGAGGUAGAAGACCCCAGAAAACCUAACUGCUUUGAGCUGUACAUCCCCAACAACCGCGGUCAGCUGAUUAAAGCGUGUAAGACGGAGGCUGAUGGAAGAGUAGUGGAAGGAAACCACAUGGUGUAUCGCAUCUCCGCCCCCACACCUGAGGAGAAGGACGAAUGGAUCCACAGCAUCAAAUCUGCUGUCAGUGUCGACCCCUUCUACGAAAUGCUCGCUGCCAGGAAGAAACGUAUAUCACUGAAGAAGAAGGAGGAACAACCAUAGAGUAUUCCCUUCAUUCUCUGUGGCUGUCUUCUUUUGUCCUUCUCAUCCCUCCGUCAAGCACUGGACAGACGUUCCAUCUUUGCUCCCUACUACCUGUUAAUAAGUUUUGUCUUUCCCCCUGUUCCCCAAACGCAUCCUCUGCCUGAUAUAAGGACUCUUGCUAUCCUGUUUACCUGACUCUUGAAAGCCACAUUCAGAGUGAAACGCUCACCCACUGUCUCUCUUGUUAUCUUGGUUCUUAUACUACUGCUGUUACACACAACCUAACACACUACAACCAGAGCACACCGUCUGUCCCAUGUUCUCACCACAUUCCUCUCUCCUUCAUCACUUGAUUAAGUGAACUGUGAAAUGUGUCUUAGACCAUAUCUACACUAAAGUUUUACACAUUUUUCCUGUUUUGGCCCCUUCAACUACAUUUAACGAACUUCUCAACUGAAGCACACAAAUGUGUGAAAAAUUGUUGUGAUUACAGACAGCUGUGCGCCUUAAUUCAUUUUUGAGAAUCUUCCUACUUUCCCAUUCCUGCUCUGUAAACCACAAACAAAUCUUUAAAAACAGUUGCUCAGCAGAAAUAUAUAAGGCUGCGGGCUGAAGCUGCUUAUAUGUACACCGGCCAUUCUUUUAGGGCCGUGACACACCAAGCCGAUAAUUGGCCGUCAGACAGUCAGGCUAGGUCGGUAACUCGAGUCAGUUCGGUGUGUUCCGUGCGGUCUUCCGUCCGGAGGGGCCAGCAGCCUUCAUUAUGGCCGACCUGACAUGCUCAGUCAGAAGGCGGGCCCUGCCGGCAGUCGGACUCAAAUGACCAAUCUGUUAUGUGGAGUGCAAACCCGGAAACAAGGGGAAUGAGAGUGACUAGAGUCUCUCAAAAUCUGACUAAAAUCUUUCAAACUGACUUUUGUCGAUCUGAAAUUAAGACAGAUUCACCAACUGCAUGGUCUAUUUCUUGCUUAAAAUGUUUUCCGAAACACUGAGAUUGUAUUCUGAACAAGCCACCAUGACAGUCUGGCUUUAAAGUUCGUCAACACAGGCAACAAUACACAUUAGCGCCGCCUGUUGUUAUGGAAACGUAUUAUGUCUCGUCGCUUUAUUGUGUUCCGAGGCACCUCUUUUCUGACCAACUCGGAGAGACUGAUCAGUCCAACUGCCUUUUAUGCCAAGUGUUGGCCGUCCGGUUGGUGUGUCAUGGGAUUUAGACUACUAUCUGAAAAUGCUAGUGUGGACCGAAAUCUUCUAAACGUAUCUUUUCGACAUCUAUCUGCAUUAGUGUGAAUAUGGUCUUAUUUAGGGUAGCAAGCAUCUUCAGUCGUGUGAAGUCAAAAUGUGAAUUCAAACACUAACGAGAUUUAUUUUCAGUUAACGUUGGUCAGAGAGGAAUCAGUUAAAGUCAAAGUUGCACAUGAUUUCAGACUUAAAUGUGGCCAUUGCUUCAUAAAUUACUGUCUUUAAUGGCUUUAACACAUAUUACUUAUAUAAUAUAUAGUCAUUAUGUGAGGAAAAUGUUGUUAUUUGUUACUGUUUGCCAAGUAACUGUUGAUCUUGAAAUACGAUCGGGUGUUGGAGGCAGAAAGGUUGCUUUACUUGCAGAAUUAAUGAAGACACAUUUGAGCAGAUUCUCUCCUUCCAGAUGGCUGCUUGUUUCAGCUCACUGAGAAUAUAUAUAUGUUCUUUAGCAUGUUUCUUUACAUGCUUGAGCAAUAGCAGAGUCAACAUUACUUCCAGACUAUAGGCUUGUCUUCAAAUUCUUUAUAACACUAUAUUGAGCAACGAUCAUCAUGUCCGCUCCGAUGUAAUGUUCAAGCAUGCCACAAAUCCUUUCCUUCUUGCUUAACCCCACAAAACGAACAUUGCCAUCUCUCACACAAGUAUUAACACUGUCAGACAUUUAACUUGUAGAGCCUGGUCUGCUCACUAUAGUGAGUUUCAAGAAACCACAAAGGCAGCUCAUUACAUUGUAUACUUUUUGUAAAUAGAGUUUAGCUUAUUUGUUUAUGAUUCACAUAGAAAUUAUUUAAUUUAUUCUUCAUCUUUUGUUAAAAUCUGAUUUUUGUACGAGCUACUGUAGGGCUGCAUGUUGAUAAACUGAGGGCGUCAGUUGUUGGUACUGAUGCUUUCCUGAUCAUACUAGUGCACUGAUUUGAAAAGUGUUAGUGUUUCCUGUUGACGUUGAAAAAUUAAAUUUAAUACGAAAGUUGAUUUAUGCAUAGGGUGAAUUGUCUUAAUCAUAGUUUCUUUGGAAAAAAUGGAGAUAUUUAGUUACUAGUUUGGCUUAUCUCUUGACCACACUGUUGGUUUUUGGAGUAAAACAGACUCAGUAAAGCACAAGCAGUAAUGAGUUUCACACUCUUAAUGUUUCAUUGGCUGCCACCUGAAGUGUGAGGAAGCUAUUCACAAGCUGUCAUUGUCUAUCCUGCCACAGUGGUAGAAAUGAAGAGACAACAAAACACUUAGGAACACUUAACAAAGCUUUGAUUCAGUAUAUAAUAGUAAAAUUAUUGAGAUGUAAUGAAUCAGUAGCAAGUUUAGAUUUGUGUCCGGUGAUAGAUUUGCUUGACACCCAGUUCGUAAAUGUAUUACUAGUAGUUUAUUGAAUUGGCAUUUUUAGCCGGUAGUAAAAAUGAAUUGUCUACUGCACUUUAGCAAUUUUAGCAUUUUGGAGAAAAUGCUGUUACUUUGACUGACAAUAUUCCAAUACUCUGUAGCACCCACUACUGGUGAUCUCACGAACUGCAAUAUGCUGAAGGACGAACCAAGAACUGUGUAGAUGUACUGUAUAACGCCGCCACCUGGUCAGUGCCAGCUACAGCAGUUUCUGACCCACAUGUUCUGUAUUUGUUCACCCGAUAAAGAUCAUGUUGUCUGAACCUGAAUGGGUUCUUUUCUCUGUGAUCAGAACACCACUUGCUGUGUCUUUAAAACAUGUUUUAAAGACACAGCAAGUGGUAGGUACUUGAAAUACAGAUCUAGGAUCACCUUUUACUCUUCAUCAAACUGACAAAGGCCUAACUUUAUACCUCCAUGGUAGUGCGUCUAUACAACACGUGGACUGUCUGUAGGCGUUCCCUUUCUGGGUAUUCUUGAAGUGCAAAGUUGCCAAAAACUGGUGGGACAACAAAUGUUUCCAUUAAAACAAAAGAAUGAACACUGAAGCAAUGCUACUGAAGCUGGGCCUCUGUUUCUGAUUCGACGUCUUUCAGAAAAUGUGUUUAUUUUGUAUUUAUUUAUUUUUAUUUACUGUGAGGUGAAGAUGGAUAGAUCAUCUGUAAAUGUAGCAAAAAGAAAACCCCAAUACAUUGGUGCCAGUAAACUACUGUGUAACAAUAAAAGGUAAAUGGAUGAUA